GAAGAUGUAGGUUGUAAACAAAUCGAUAUUCAAAUACGACGUAAAGCAGUGUAGUGUUAUUAAAAUGGAGUUUAUUUAAGUUUGAGAGUGCUUUACCUGCCCACGAGGAGAGUAUCAGUUCUGGUAAUAUAAGUAAAUGAGUAUCAAAAUGCCCACGUACAGAGUUCAGAACCUUUAUAACAUAUGUCUGAAUAGCAUUGUGUGUAAUGUCAACUUUUGGUUGAAACUGAAGAAGGACCAUGACAAAAAUGGGAAGAAAUACAGCCCAUUUAGCGUCUUGCCUGCAUCAUUGGAGCAAGAACUGCUGGACACUUAUGUGCGCAUUCAUAGUCUACCUGACAGGUAUAACUUCUGGCUGGAGCAUCAGGAAAAGUGGAGACUGUUUAUAACUGAACACAUCAGUAGACUUGCAAUAACAGAUUACACAGAGAAGGCAAGCCUCCUCCAUAUUGCUGCAACAUGUAGGAACCUGAAGUACCUUGACAUCAAGAAUGUAUAUGAAGCUCUCCCAUGUCUCAAAACAAUAGCACCUUGUUUGAAAACAGUUGUUUCACUUAACUUUGUGACAAUGGCACAUAUUAACAGCACCACACUGAAGUAUAUCCGGAAUCAUUGCCCAAAUCUCAGGUUUCUUGGAUUACGAUCAUGUGUUCUCAAUGACAAAGCAUUGGGGCAUCUGAAGCAUAUAAAUACUCUCACAGAGCUCGACAUAAGGGACACAGAGGUUACAGCAUCAGGCAUAUGUCUUGUUUUAAAACACAACCCUCAGCUGCGUAGCUUACAUCAUCCAGAGGUAGUGCGUGGGCUCUAUAAAAUGCAUUCCUCUCGAACUUGGUUGGUACGUGUAGAGUCGAGUCUCUUGUCUUCUACUAUGAUGUCAUAUCAGUUGAGAGACAUUGAGUUUGAGAUAUCAAAGAAGGAUAAUCCUGGAAUGUUAGCUGUAGUUGUUUCAUCAUGUCCAGCUAUUGAACGAGUCCGUGUUGAAGUUGAUGCCAGUGCUCCAGCUGACUCACUCGCACCUUUAGCGAAACUUCAAUAUUUGACAGAGCUAGAUGUCCAGUGCUGUGGUGACAGUACACACAAAGGGUGGGAUGACCCUGCUUCAGCUGCUAUAAAUCUGUUUGCUUGUAGUAUUGUGCCAAUUUUAGAAGCUCGUGGCAGAAAUCUGUAUGCUUUCACACUGGAGGGAAUUGUUUCUGUUGAUAUGCAGCUGAUUGAACACCUCUGCCCUAAUUUAGUAAGCUUAGGUUUAUACUACAACUCUUAUUUGGAAGAAUCAUUUAUUAUCCCUGAAGAUUUGACUCUUUCAAAGCCAUUUCCUGGGCUUCGCAGACUUCUAUUUGGCUCUAAUUCUGGAGACAGUGAUUUUCCAUCAGAAUAUUUGGAAUGGCUGCUGUCAAAUCAAGAUUUGGAAGAACUUUCUCUCUCUGGCUCACCUCUUUUUAAUAUUGAGUUAUUCAAUAACGCAUUUGCAAAUUCUUCUGCGUAUCCAAACUUACGUCGUCUUGAAUUAGAUUACUGCAAUGUGACCGCUGAUGUUAUAAUAGAGUUUUUAUAUCAUUGUGGUCGUAAAUCAUUACGAGAGCUCAGUAUUUGUGGCCCAUUUGUAAGAGAACAAGCAGCACCAUCUCUUUGUUAUAUACUCUGUGAAAAAUUGGAUGUUCAACUUGAGGCAUACUUUUAUUCAUUUGUGAAACUGAAAAAGAGACUAGUUCGAUACAAGCAGGAUCUCACUUGCAUCAGUUCAGAAUUGGACAUGAUAUCACUUCACAACAAUUUCGACCAUUGCCGUCUGAUAGAGUUUAUUGAUCCUAACUGAUGCAGUGGUGAGUCUUGCAAUUAUUAAUUUGUUGUUUGUACUAGUCGUUACCAAAAGAGUGACUGUGAGAUAAAUGUUAAAGAUUUGUCAAGGAAGUUACAUACCCUUCUCUGUGAUUAUGGAAUGUGAACAUAUCAUUCUUUUCCUAAGCCAAAGAAAUAUCAUUUUCAGUUAGAUCAUAAAUUACAUAUUAGUAUGAAUUAUCCAGAAAUCAUACAUCCAUUGAAAUAUUUGAAAUCAUUUUUUAGUUUUGCCAAAGAUGUUACUAGUCUCUCUAUUGAACAAAAUGUUUCAAUUCAUAUUAAAAUAGUAAUUCCACUAUUAAAAAUUUUGUACUUUAUAAGUAACUGGAUGGUUAAAAUUAUUUGUUAUUUUUAUAUUGUGAACAUUUUGUCAACUAUUUUGACCAGGGAAAAUAUUAAGAUAUUUAGCUUCCUUAAACAACUCAUGUAUAUCAACUCAGUCUGAUGUAGAAUUGUCAUGAGUUCAAAUACUUCUUAUAUAUGUGUUUGAAACACUUUCUUCUUCCAGCGCAUGAGUACUGCAAUUUUAUAUGCACAUUUAUACAACUGUAUAAAUUCAUUCCCUGCAUAUGAAUUUGGUGAAGAGGCUAUUAAAUCUCAACCAUACACUAGAUAAUGUUUAUGUAAGAAGGAAAUGUGUGCCAUUUGGAAUUGUGGCCAAAGUAUCCAGAUAGUGUCCUGUUCACUGCUAAUUUAGUUUUUCAACAAUUCCCACCUCACCUACCAAAAGAAUGUCCACAUUUACAUGUGAACACAACUAAUUCAGUGUUUCACAUGACCAUGCUCAAUUUUGAUAAUCCUAAUUACUGCUUCGUGCACAUAAUUUGGAUCCAACUCAUAUUUUAAACAGUCAGGAUUCCAAGUGGGACAGUGUUUGUGUUUGACAAAAAUACGUGCAGUAUUCUAAAACUACUUACAUAUUGCAGUUGCGCAGUGUAUUUUUUGGAGUAUUGUGCCAGUACGCGCAGAAUCUCAAUUAUAGACCUUUGUGUCAUUAUUCACGAGUUUCUAUUUAGGGAAUUGUAUGUUCCGCAUCAGACUGAUGUUGUUGUUAUAGAACGUAGCACCAGUAAAUGUAAUGGAAUAUUUGUAUCGUGGUAGUACCUAAAUGUGGUUGUAUAAUAGUGCAGUUUUAUUAAUAUUUGAAUCUCUGCUAAAUGUAAAAAUUUUAGCUGAAGUGAAAGAUAGAAAGAAAGAAAGAAAGAAAGAAAGAAAGAAUCACAGGGAGAAUAAACACUUGUAGCACUACUUCAUUUGAGACCAUGGGAAACGGAUAAUUUGGAUAAAACUGAUAUGUCAGCAGGUGAAAUAUGCAAAUAUCUGUUUACUCAUUAGAUCAUGAAGAGGAAAUGUGUUUUUGAUGCUUGUUAUGACUAUACUCUUUUAUCUUUUAUGAAAAUGAGCACUGUAUAACAAAAAUUGUAGCACAAAGUGGACUAUGUAUGUCAGAUUUUGUUUAAAAUAUAAUAGUGUAUCUAAAUAUUUAUUGAUGUAAACUUGUUGUUAUGAAAAUGUCAACUUGAUGUUCAGUGUGUAAUGGAAUGUAGUUACCAAACAAGAAAACAAGUAGGUGUAGAGAGCUGUCCAUUGGUGUUAUAUCUGAAAUACCGUAUCUUGCAUACAGUUGGAGAUAUGCUUAAAAAUGAAACAAAAAAAUACUGUUGUCAUUAUGUUUUGAAGUCUUAUUUGUUGUAUCUAGUUAAGCUGCAAAUGUACUGUCAGUAAAAAGAAAUAAAUUCCUAAUUAUUCCUGUAAACAACUUCAGGUGGUCUGUUGUACCUUGAUGGGAAACUAUAAUUAAAAACAUUUGUCUUAAGUGUAAUAUUCUUCAUAUGCAACACAGCUGGGAAUGUAUUAUAAUUUUCCAGUUUUCUAGUGUCCUGUCUGUAAUAUGAUUAUUUAUAAAUUGAAAAUUUGCUUUACUUUUAUUAUUAUUGUUGUUGUUGUUGUUGUUGUUUCUUCAGUGGCUUUGUGAAAAUAUUCACACUUAAGUUCGUGAGCACAGCUGCUCAUUUCCAUGUAAUUUGGUUUGUAUGUGCACAUUUAUCACUCAAUGGUGAUAGUUCAAAUAUUCAUUUCUGGUAGUGAUUGGUUGUUGGAGACAAACCACAAUAGUUCACCAUUUCUUUUGUGGGCAAAACAUUACAGCUCCUAGUCAUAUAUAUAUAUAAUUAAGGGAUAUAAGAUUGAUUUGUAAAACCUGGUUCCACAUUGUACAAUGCUAUGUUCAAUGAAAAGUAGAGUACUUUUUAGCAAUUGUACUGUGUUACAGUGAAAAACUUACCUUCAUGUGCAUAAAGCUAUUAUGUGCUAUUUGGCAACCUGCUUUGUUGUUCAGAAGUCUGCAGAGAAGUUGGGUAGCUGUUGAUAAUGUUUCUUUCAGGAGUUGAGUUCAGUAAUAUGUUCGUGGUUGUGUUUUGUGGUCAUCUUCAUGGUGACAGUUAAAGAGAAGACAUUCCUGUUGAAUUUUAGACUUUAUUAUUAAUAGUUUCUGCUACAUUAUACUAAUAUUUCAUGCUAAAAUGUAUUAAUAAUGUUUGUGUCAAGGACCAAAGUCUUUGAAAAUGGUUCUGUAGUAUGUAGUAUUAUUCACCUUGUCUGAAAAGAUGCUCUGAGCAAAUCUGGUCUUUACAACAUGGUGUGUCAUGAAAAUGUUGGUUUUGGUGUUUUUGCUAUGAAACACAACUUCAGCAGGAACAUGGUGCUGUUAUGACACUUAGAACUAGUUCUUUAUCUUUUAAUAUGGGAGUGGAUGGUAUUGACUAUUAUUGUGUGGUUGAAAUUUAUUUUUUGUUUUUGUUUUUCUUAGUGACUACGACAUACUUUGAUUUCAUGUCUUUGCUUUUCAUCAUCAUCAUCAUCAUCUUUUUUUACUACUUUCUUGACUAUAUUGAACACACAAAAUUUUGUUACAACCCUGUGUAUAUCGUGUUAAACAUGAAUUUUGAGAAAAGAAUUCUGUGUGGCCAAAAAGUCACAGAUUUACAUAAAAAUAUGUUAAGUGACAUAUCCUGUUCAUAAAUUUGCCUGACCAUGAUCUUUUUAGGGCCUUUAUGACAUGAUUAAGAAAAGGUAUAAUAUUGAUCAUCAUGGAUAUUCACUGAAGCACAUAAUUUAUGUGCUGAAUGCAUCUUGUAUUUUAUUUGAAAAUGUAAUACAAUCUCCAUACAGUUCUUUGUAUACUAUAUUCAUUAUUGUGAUCUCAUGAAAGUAACCAGUAAAUUUCAGACCAAACACUGCUGAUAACAGUUGCAAAUAAAUGAUUCCAAUGUAUUAAAAAUAAUUGAUAGCACCAGGUACUUUGAAUAGACAGACAAUUUUCUCAAUGUAAUUUUGUUAUUUUCAGUUGCAAUGAGAAUGUAUCGAGCAAUUAUAAAUAUUUGCCUGGGGAAGAGUGACACUGCCUCAUUUAAUCUCCUUCCUCCACGUGCUCUCCCAAAAUCCAUUCCUGUCAUAUCUGGCAUCACCAUCUCUCCUCUUUGCUGUAACAGAUCUGAAAGUAUAUAGUUGCUUUUUUCAUAUAUUUUAAUAUAAUUUUAUACUUUAUAAGAAAGCUGUUUCAAUAGCAAUAUUUUUUGACUUGCAUUUUAUUUUAUGCAAUUUUUCUUGCACUCACAUGGUUAACAGAUGGAAUAAGAUAGACUUUGUUGUUUUUCUCAUUCAUUUUGGCAACAGCCAAAGGUGUAUCCAUGAAACUGAUAUUCAGUGUUUUAUUUUCCUUUAUUUUUCAUGCGAGAGACACUAUGUGCUUGUGCUAAAGUUAGUAACUGUUGUCUCAUGUGUCAGUAUAGUGUAUGAUAAUUUAUAUUUUUGUAUAAAGUGGUCUUACAUUUGUUUUAUAAGGCAGCUGAUAGAUGAAUGAUUUGCUUAGUGAUACUUAAGCUUGUGCUUUCAAAACAUUUGAUCUCACUUUUGUCAUUGUCACCUUUUCAGCUACUUCUUUGUAUUCUUUCUUUUUUUGUAUCAGGUCUAAAGUUGUGCUGUUAACAUUGUGCAUAAUUUAACUCUGUAAUGUAUUUUACUAUCUUGAAUGCAAAUGCAGCUGCAGCUUGAUGGAAUUUUUCGAGACCUUUCCAUUGUUAUGUGCAAUCUCUUGUAAUUGUAUUAUUUGUUUAUGGUCUGAUUAUUUGAUAGAUGUUACCAUAUGGUAAAACAUUUAUUUCAAUAACAUCUUAGUUAUACACAUUACAGUGUAGCACUGUGUGGCACUUCCUGUGGUGACUAUGUUAAAAUGAUGCAUGUGAUUUUUAAAAUGCCUAAAAUCAUGAAACAAAAUUUGUUUGAGUACUAUGCUUCUGUUCAGGCACAAUAUUGAUACUUCAAUGGAGUAAUUGUGUUAGGGAAGAUUAAUUAACACCUAAUAGUCACAUAAAUAUGAUGAUGCUUGCUCUAGCUCAACUAUUGAACUCUAAUACAUAUUGUGCAUAUAUGAAAAACACACACAGUCUCCUCAGUACAGAAGUGCUUGUACGUACGUAUGCAUGCGAGUUUUUGAGAGAGAGUCUAGUCACGCAACAUAAAGGAAGUGUACAUGAACUACAAUUUUCAUUGUUAUUGAUUGUGUCCAGGAAAUAGUGAGCAAACUGGCCUUGUGUUGCACAAUCAGUAACAAAAUGUGCCAUGCUAUGUAGUCACUUUUCAGUACAAUAAGUUUAUUUUACUUUUUCGUAUAUUUAUUCCAACAAGCAUUAGAAAUUCAAGUUACAUGGUGCCAUUCCUUGAAAAAGUUUUCUUUUUGUGUGUGUUCUAAGGUGCUCUCAUGUAUAUUUACAAAUUUAGCCUAAUUACAUGCUUAAAAAGCUGUAUAUAAAUGUAUGUGGUGCUUCAUAAAAUCUUAAAUUGCUCAUUUUGUAGUGUUUUGUCUUAUACAGCAAAACUGACUCUAUUGUACUGUGUAUACCUUAUUUUUUCAUCUUUUUUUGCCUCAAACCUGUUUGAUGUUGGCAGCCCUUACCAAUCUUAAGAUAAAAACUGGGAGUUGUUUUCAAGACUCAUGUUGUUAGAGAAUGCUUAUACCAAGUGAAAGUGAAUGUUGCAUUUUGUAGUUUCCUUUAUUGUUGCAAAUGAAAAACCAGUUUUAUUUUGUUGCAGUUAGCUGCAAUUUGUUAUAAAUAUUGACCAUUAAUGUUGAAGAACUGUAAUUCAUGUGUAAAUGUUGCAGUAUGAUGGUUCUGCUGUGUUAUUGUUGUUUUAAAUAGCAAGGCCUUCACUAAUGGCCAUGGUAAUUUGUGUCAUUUCUAUUAUUCAGUCACUGUGAUAUAAUGUGUGAGCUUAUUCUUAUUUAAGUGAAUGGUCAUUCGUUAUAUAACAAGGCUGAAAGUAUAAUGCUACAGUUAUUGUAAUAUAUAUGUGCUGCUUACAACAUAUUGCUGUAAUAUUACCAAGUAAUAAAAUUUCUUCAAGUAUA